AUGAUCUCUCUCUCUCUCUAUCUAUCUAUCUAUCUAUCUAUCUAUCUAUCUAUGUCCGUUCAUGAUCUCUCUCUCUCUAUCUAUCUAUCUAUCUAUCUAUCUAUCUAUCUAUCUAUCUAUCUAUGUCUGUUCAUGAUCUCUCUCUCUCUCUCUCUCUCUAUCUAUCUAUCUAUCUAUCUAUCUAUCUAUCUAUCUAUCUAUCUAUCUAAGCCAUUGGUCUACGUUUAUAUUUUCUUUCUUUCUUUCUUUCUUUCUUUCUUUCUUUCUUUCUUUCUUUCUUCUUUAUUUCUUUCUUUCUUUCUUUCUUUCUUUCUUUCUUUUGACUCCACAUAUCUAUCUAUCUAUCUAUCUAUCUAUCUAUCUAUCUAUCUAUCUAUCUAUCUAUUGUCAGAAACGAUCAGACCAAAGAUUUCUUUCAAUGGAAAAGACGACAAGAAUAAUCUCUCUCUCUCUCUCUCUCUCUCAGAUUAUUUCCUUCUUUUUGAAGAGCCAAAAAGCAUUGAAAGUGCGAAUACGUAUUAUCUAUCUAUCUAUCUAUAUCUAUCUAUCUAUCUAUCUAUCUAUCUAUCUAUCUAUCUCAUCAUAUCUAUCUCUGUUCAUAUCUGUCUCAGUCUAUCUAUCUAUCUAUCUAUCUAUCUAUCUCAUCUAUCUUCAUAUCUAUCUAUCUCAGUCUGUUCAUAUCUGUCUCAGUCUGUUUCAUCUAUCUAUCUAUCUAUCUAUCUAUCUAUCUAUCUAUCUAUCUAUCUAUCUAUCUCAGUCUGUUCUAUCUAUCUGUCUCAGUCUGUUUAUAUCUAUUCAUCUAUCUAUCUAUCUAUCUAUCUAUCUAUCUAUCUUCAUAUCUAUCUCAGUCUGUUCAUAUCUGUCUCAGUCUGUUUAUAUCUAUCUAUCUAUCUAUCUAUCUAUCUAUCUAUCUAUCUAUCUCAUUGUGUCGGGCUAAGAUUAGCAUCUAUCUAUCUAUCUAUCUAUCUAUCUAUCUAUCUAAAAGCACCCAUAUACGCAAAUGUGUUUAUGUAUAUGUUAUACUUUCUUUCUUUCUUUCUUUCUUUCUUUCUUUCUUUCUUUCUUUCUUUCUUUCUUUCUUCAACCAUUAUCUCUUUCUGUCUUUCUUUCUUCAACCAUUUUCUUUCAUUUCUUUCUUUCUUUAACCAUUUUAUUUCUUUCUUUAACCAUUUUCUUUCUUUCUUUCUUCAACCAUUUUCGCUCUCUCUUCUUUCUUUCUUUCUUUCUUUCUUUCUUUCUAAUCACAAUAUCGCCGUUACUGCUAUACACCAAUAUAUAUGUCAGGAUAUAGAAGCAGCUUUCAAAUAUUCACAAGUGACAUAA